AUGGAUAAAGAGGAGAUAAACUCGAAGCCUCUGGUCAACAGGGUCAGACCAGCAUGCAAUAAAGAGAAGUUGAAUGGUACAGGACCUUGUACAAAUAAGAAACUUGAUAACUAUUCAUGGUGUUGGGUUCAUCUAGAUAAGGAGGAAAGAGCGAGAUAUCGUCUAGAGAAAGGAUCCAAAGUCGGGCGCAAGAAGGUUGACACUAAGAAAGAAGUGGUUGAGCGUAACAAAGCACUAGUUGCCCAGGUUGAGAAGCAGAAGGUGCAGAUUGAGAUGUUGAUGGAUGUGAUUAAGUCCAUGAAAAUACAGGCAUGA